AUGAACGGCUCCCAGAGCCUCGUCAAGCAGAUUGUUGACCAGCUCAACAACGCCAACCUUGACGGCACCAACGAGGUCGUCAUCGCUCCUCCCGCCAUUUACCUCCUCGACGUCUCCCGCAACAUUAAGCCCCCCGUCGAGGUCGCUGCCCAGAACUCGUACACUGUCAACUCUGGCGCCUACACCGGCGAGAUCUCCCCCGAGCAGAUCAAGGACGCUGGCAUCCCCUGGGUCAUCCUCGGCCACUCGGAGCGCCGCUCCCUCUUUGGCGACUCUGACAAGAUUGUCGCCGACAAGGUCAAGGCGGCUCUCGCCGUCGGCCUCAAGGUCAUUGCCUGUAUCGGCGAGACCCUCGAGGAGCGUGAGAAGGGCGUCACUAACCAGCCCGUUUGGGCCAUUGGCACCGGCAAGGUUGCCACCGCCCAGCAGGCCCAGGACGUCCACCACGACCUCCGCAAGUGGCUCGGCCAGCGCGUCUCCCAGCCCGUCGCUGAUGCUACCCGCAUCAUCUACGGCGGCUCUGUCAACGCCAAGAACUGCACCGAGCUCGCCACCGGCGCCGACAUUGACGGUUUCCUCGUCGGCGGCGCCUCGCUCAAGCCCGAGUUCAUCGACAUUUGCAAGUGCAAGAAGAACUAG